GAGUCACUGGAAGCAUCCCCGGUGCACCAGGCAUCCUUCUGGGCUGUGGAACCAGCUUUGAAAGACCUGGAGUGGCCUGUGGUGCUGAAAGAGGUCACUUACGUAGUCCUGACAUCUUCCAAACCUCCUGGAAUACCAUGGUCACUUUGACGUCUAGACCGUCGAUAUUUGAAGGAAGCAACUUCAUCAGGCAGCCAACUGUCCAGUGUCGCCUUGGAGAAAUUCCACACUUUGGGGUGUCAUUGUCUUGCUUCCACCUACUUCCAGCAAACUCACUCACAGGUUGGACACCGAGGGACAGUGAGAGAUUAUCCAGGUUUUAGCCCAUCAGUGGAUGCUGAAGCUAUUCGUAAGGCAAUCAGAGGAAUCGGAACGGAUGAGAACAUGCUCAUCAGCAUUCUGGCUGAACGGUCGAAUGCACAGCGGCAGCUGAUUGUGAAGGAAUACCAAGCAGCCUAUGGAAAGGAACUGAAAGAUGACCUGAAGGGUGACCUCUCUGGUGAGUUGAAGAAUCUCAUGGUGGCCCUCGUGACACCACCGGCAGUGUUUGAUGCAAAACAGCUGAAGAAAUCCAUGAAGGGCACGGGGACAAAUGAAGAUGCGCUGAUUGAAAUCUUAACCACCAGGACAAGCCGGCAGAUGAAGGAGAUCGGCCACGCCUACUGCACAGUAUACAAGAAAAGUCUCGGAGAUGCGAUUAGUUCUGAAACCUCUGGUGACUUCCGGAAAGCUCUGUUGACUUUGGCUGAUGGCAGAAGAGAUGAGAGUCAGAAAGUGGAUGAGCAGCUGGCCAAAAAGGAUGCCCAGAUUCUCUAUAAUGCCGGUGAGAAGAGAUGGGGCACGGAUGAGGAUACCUUCACCGAGAUCCUGUGUUUAAGGAGCUUUCUUCAACUGAAACUGACAUUUGAUGAAUACAGAAAUAUUAGCCAGAAGGACAUUGAGGACAGCAUAAAAGGAGAACUGUCUGGGCAUUUUGAAGACUUACUGCUGGCCAUAGUUCAUUGCGCAAGGAACAUGCCCGCCUUUUUAGCUGUAAGACUUCAUCAGGCUUUGAAGGGUGCUGGGACUGAUGAGUUUACUCUGAACCGCAUCAUGGUUUCCAGAUCAGAAAUUGACCUUUUGGACAUUCGAGCAGAGUUUAAGAAGCAUUAUGGGUAUUCCCUGUAUUCGGCAAUUAAAUCCGAUACCUCUGGAUACUACGGAAACACGCUCUUAAAGCUCUGUGGAGGAGAAGACUGAGUCAGAACAUCUUCUCUGAAGGCUGCUUCCACGACGGGCUUUUCCUGCUACUCUGCUUACGCCUGUCUCGCAGCGUUGACAAGCAGGUGUCAACAGCAACCUGUUUUCCUAAUAGAAAAUUUCACUAUUCCAUAAUAACGGCAACAAAAAGUGAUUAUUGUGGAAUCUCAUCAUGGUGUAGCAGUUUCUAAAUGAAAUCUUUUAAUAGUAUUGAGGAUUUGUUAAUCCCAUCCAAAUUAUAUUUCUGCUUUGAAAGUGAGAAUCUUUGCACUGUUCUAAAAUAUUAAAUGCAGAACCACGUAAUACAAGUUGUGUCUUUGUCAAAGGUAAUCUGUCUGUGUCUAGCAUAUACCAGCAUUGUUUGGUACCUGCCACCAACGACUAAUAGUAUUUUAAAACAUAUUUUGUUAUAAAAGCUGUUGCUGCUUCAGUUUAUCUAUUAUCUUAUUAAUCACAUUCAUCCUUAAAAAACAAAUAAAAAUGAAGAUGUAUGUAA